UUGAAUGUAAGAUGGCGCCCAGGGAGCUGUGAGCAGAAAAGCCUGUCGCGCUCGGAGCGGGGACGGCGGAACCGGGCCGCAGAGCUGCGCGGCGGGGCCGGCGGGUGGCACGGCGGUGGCGGCGGCGGCGCCGGGAACCCUAAGGACUCUGCAAUAUGAAUAAUUCUUUGGAGAAUACCAUUUCCUUUGAAGAAUACAUUCGAGUAAAGGCACGUUCUGUCCCACAACACAGGAUGAAGGAAUUUCUGGACUCUCUAACCACCAAAGGGCCAGAAGCUCUUCAGGAGUUCCAGCAGACAGCAACCACUACUAUGGUGUAUCAGCCGGGUGCAAAUUGCAUUUACACUGACAGCACUGAAGUGGCUGGGUCUUUGCUUGAACUUGCCUGUCCAGUCACCACCAGCGUUCAGCAGCAAACCCCACAGGAACAGCAGAUCCAGGUUCAGCAACCACAGCAAGUUCAGGUCCAGGUGCAGGUACAGCAGUCUCCACAGCAGGUCUUGGCUCAACAGCUCUCUCCUCAGCUCACUGUUCAUCAGCCUGCUGAGCAGCCUAUCCAGGUCCAGGUGCAGAUCCAAGGCCAAGCACCACAGCCGGCAGCCCCCUCCAUUCAAACUCCAUCUCUGCAGAGCCCCAGCCCCUCGCAACUGCAGGCAGCCCAGAUCCAGGUGCAGCAUGUCCAGGCUGCCCAACAGAUCCAAGCUACAGAGAUCCCCGAGGAGCACAUCCCGCAUCAGCAGAUCCAGGCCCAGCUGGUGGCUGGCCAGUCUCUCGCGGGGGGUCAGCAGAUCCAAAUCCAGACCGUGGGUGCUCUUUCCCCACCACCGUCCCAGCAGGGCUCACCCCGGGAAGGGGAGCGACGGGUGGGCACAGCCAGUGUCCUUCAGCCCGUGAAGAAGCGCAAAGUGGACAUGCCCAUCACCGUGUCCUAUGCCAUCUCAGGGCAGCCGGUGGCCACUGUGCUGGCCAUUCCACAGGGCCAGCAGCAGAGUUAUGUGUCUUUGAGGCCAGACUUACUGACAGUAGACAGUGCCCACCUGUACAGUGCCACUGGGACCAUUACUAGCCCUACAGGAGAAACCUGGACCAUCCCUGUUUACUCUGCCCAGCCCCGGGGGGACCCUCAGCAGCAGAGCAUCACCCACAUUGCCAUUCCCCAAGAAGCCUACAACGCAGUUCACGUCAGUAGCUCACCCACGGCCCUGACAGCUGUAAAGCUGGAGGAUGACAAGGAGAAGAUGGUGGGCACCGCGUCUGUAGUGAAAAACUCCCAUGAAGAAGUAGUGCAGACCCUCGCCAACUCUCUCUUUCCAGCACAGUUCAUGAAUGGCAACAUCCACAUUCCAGUGGCUGUGCAGGCUGUGGCAGGCACAUACCAGAAUACAGCUCAGACUGUGCAUAUAUGGGACCCCCAGCAGCAGCCACAACAACAAACUGCCCAGGAACAGACAACACCACCACAGCAGCAGCAGCAGCCGCAGCUUCAGGUUACUUGCUCAGCGCAAACUGUCCAGGUUGCUGAAGUCGAACCUCAGUCACAACCACAACCAUCCCCAGAACUUCUGCUUCCAAAUUCUCUGAAGCCAGAAGAAGGGCUUGAAGUAUGGAAAAACUGGGCCCAGACCAAGAACGCUGAACUAGAGAAGGAUGCUCAGAACAGACUUGCACCCAUUGGGAGACGCCAAUUACUGCGAUUCCAGGAAGAUCUCAUUUCUUCUGCUGUGGCUGAGUUGAACUAUGGGCUCUGUCUAAUGACCCGGGAAGCUCGAAAUGUAGAGGGUGAACCGUAUGACCCAGAUGUUCUGUACUAUAUUUUCCUGUGUAUUCAAAAGUAUCUUUUUGAAAAUGGGCGGGUCGAUGACAUUUUCUCCGAUCUUUAUUAUGUUCGUUUUACGGAGUGGCUGCAUGAAGUUCUAAAGGAUGUUCAACCGCGAGUCACUCCACUUGGCUACGUCCUGCCCAGCCAUGUGACUGAGGAGAUGCUGUGGGAGUGCAAGCAGCUCGGGGCUCACUCCCCUUCCACUCUGCUGACCACCCUCAUGUUCUUUAACACCAAGUACUUCUUGUUGAAGACAGUGGACCAGCACAUGAAGUUGGCUUUCUCCAAGGUUUUGCGUCAAACCAAGAAAAACCCCUCCAAUCCUAAGGAUAAGAGCACGAGUAUUCGGUACCUGAAGGCCCUUGGGAUACAUCAGACCGGCCAAAAAGUUACAGAUGACAUGUAUGCAGAACAGACAGAAAAUCCAGAGAAUCCACUGAGAUGUCCCAUCAAGCUGUAUGAUUUCUACCUCUUUAAAUGCCCUCAGAGUGUGAAAGGCCGGAAUGACACCUUUUACCUGACGCCUGAGCCGGUUGUGGCACCCAAUAGCCCAAUCUGGUACUCGGUCCAGCCUAUCAGCAGAGAACAGAUGGGACAGAUGCUGACUCGGAUCCUGGUGAUACGAGAAAUCCAAGAAGCUAUUGCAGUGGCCACUGCAAGCACCAUGCAUUGAAAUCCCUCGACUUCAGUGUGAGGGAGACCAUCUAAAUCAGACAGACUUUCCACUAAAGAAGAGGCCUCCGUUUUUUUUUUUGUUUUGUUUUUUGUUUUUGUUUUUUUUUUUUUAUUGAUGUAGUUUUGAGCCCUUUCGGGCUGCUUCUAUUUUAAGGUGUAAAAGGAAACUGUCCCUUCAUCUUUGUGCAUCUUCAGCAUAAGCCUGCUCCAGCAGACUCAGCCCACGGGGCUCUGGGUUUCCCGAGAACCCGAUGUCCUAUAAAGUUGCUGGCUGACUUUUCUGGUUUUUUUUUUUUUUUUUUUUUUUUUGUCUGGGGCCUGGGGAAAGGGGCUCUGACUGUUUGGAGAAACGUGGCCCUUUCCCUUCGUCCAGGAAAAUGGAAUCAAUGAUGGAUCGAACCUUUGGGGCAUCUCCCCAGCUCAGCCGGCUUCCCUUCU